CACCUUCGCAAUAGCAAAUAGGGGCCGGAGGAGAUUCACAGAUCCUCUCUCCACCCACUGUCUGAUAUCUAUCAUCCAUACAAAAAGAGAGAGAGACAAUCCUUUUUCCCUUUUCUUGGGAUAGCUAUUUCUUUUUCUAACAAGUUUUACUCCUUAUUUUAGUAACCUGUGUUAGCAGUAGGGUAUAUAGUAUUGCCCAGUCUCAGCAUGUAAUAUUGUAAUGUAAUCUUAAUUAUUAAUUAACAACUACUGCUAUAAAUCAUGGGUUGCUUCAAUAUUUCAAAUUUUCCUUUUUUUUAUAUAAUAAAAACACUGGUAACAGUGUGAGAGAGAGAGAAAAAAAAAAGUGUCAAGGGGGAAGGCAGUGGGGAAAAAAAAAGUAGCCAAGAAUGAAACAAGUAAGCCGCUGCAUUAUCAGGACAGCCAUUCUACCAGUAUCUGCUGCUCCUGCUCCUGCUCCUGCCUUACCCCUUCUACUAAUAAGUCUUCAAAGUCACUGUCACAACAUUUCUAGUACAGGUAAUCAAGAUGGGCAACUGCGGCACUAGAGAAGAAUCUGCUGUUGUCUCCACUGCUCAAGUUCAACAACAGCUUCACAUACUGUCAUCAUCAACAUCAAUUAAAAACGGCCAGUCAGACAAGAAGCAUACUAGGUCAAUUUCAGAUCUGAGUGAUCCUACUUCAACUCCACGCAACUUUGAAGACUCAAGAAAGAAUGCCCUUCUUUAUACCCAUGUUAUAGCCUUCACUUUGUAUGAACUCGAGACUAUUACCAAGAGCUUUCGCUCUGAUUACAUUCUUGGGGAAGGAGGGUUUGGAACGGUUUAUAAAGGCUACAUUGAUGAGAAUGUCAGGGUUGGCCUCAAAUCUAUUCCAGUUGCUGUCAAGGUUCUAAAUAGAGAGGGUCUUCAAGGCCACCGUGAAUGGCUUACGGAAGUGAACUUUCUGGGGCAGCUAAGGCAUCCUAAUUUGGUGAAGUUGAUUGGGUAUUGUUGUGAGGAUGAUCACAGGUUGCUUGUUUAUGAGUUUAUGUUCCGAGGAAGCCUUGAGAAUCAUCUAUUUCGAAAAGCAACAGUUCCAUUAUCUUGGGCCACAAGAAUGAUGAUUGCUCUUGGAGCUGCUAAAGGGCUUGCUUUUCUUCACAAUGCAGAAAGGCCAGUUAUAUAUCGGGACUUCAAAACUUCCAAUAUAUUACUGGACUCUGAUUAUACAGCCAAGCUCUCUGAUUUCGGGCUUGCAAAAGCUGGACCCCAAGGCGAUGAGACUCAUGUAUCAACUCGAGUGAUGGGUACUUAUGGUUAUGCUGCUCCUGAAUAUGUAAUGACUGGCCACCUGACUGCAAGAAGCGACGUAUACAGUUUUGGAGUAGUUCUUCUGGAACUAUUGACAGGAAGGAAGUCAGUUGACAAGACCAGACCCAGCAAGGAGCAGAGCUUGGUGGAUUGGGCCCGUCCAAAAUUGAAUGACAAGAGAAAGUUGCUGCAAAUAAUUGACCCAAGACUGGAGAAUCAGUACUCUGUAAGGGCAGCACAGAAAGCCUGCAGCCUGGCAUACUACUGUCUGAGCCAGAAUCCAAAGGCAAGGCCCCUGAUGAGUGAUGUAGUUGAAACUUUGGAACCUCUACAAUGUAGCAAUGAUGGCGCCAAUGGAGUUUCAUCAUCGUCACUGACCCCAACCCUAACAGGUAGUGCCAGUGCUUUUGCAAUGGGCGGGGUCCCUGAUUACCGGAUGCGGAGAUUCACCAACAAUGUUGUUCCUGGUUCUAGUUGUCGUUCUCCUAAUCCAAAUUGCUCUCCUGGUGGCCCUGCAGCGUGCAGGGUCAGAUGAGCGAUAUCACCUUCUAUGUAUUUGGUGUGCCUUUCCGUCCCCGUCCAUCUUUCUAAAUGACAACUUCUGAUUGUUAAGUCGUGAGUGAAUUUGCUGCUGUUAGUACUUGGUGUACAUUCUAUCAUCUUGACCCCCAGCCAGCUGUUAGUUGCUGCUCGCUAACUUGUUGCUCGUAUCAAUCUUCUAGCAAAGUUUGCACAGCAAUGAGAAUUGCCAAAUGAAAGCAGUUUUUCUUAUUUAGGAGAUAUCUAGCUUUGCGUUCUGUUUUGCCUGUGUGUUGAGGAAGGCAUGUUAGAGGAAAUAUCCUCGAGUUCAUGUACAUUUAAUUAAGAGUCCCUUCAUACCAAACUGUAACUUGAUUAAUAAUGUCAUGAUUUUCCCUCUCGGAUUGUUUGGA